AUGGCGACACGCCAGCAUCUGCGGAUAUAUCGAUCUCUGGAGCAGGACAAGGAGCAUUACGUGGGUUUCUCGCUCUGCUCUGAUAAAACCCCGAAGAAUCGCCGAAUCGCCUUCAAGCCACAGCUCUUGCACCUCCGUGGUGGUGACAAAGUCCAACUUAGCUCGUCAUCGCUGGGCCACCCGCACGGCACGGUGCAUGGGUGGUGGGUCGGUAGGACCAAGCUGCGCGUCUACGAGGGGAAUAAGUUGGACAAGACGACCAAAGGGCAGGGACUGUACGGUUCAUACUCUCUACCGGAAAUGUACAACAUGGAUGAAACGGCCAUCCAGUUCGACAUGCCGCCAGCAAGAACCUGGACAAUUAAAGGGCGAAAAGGAUCAGCUAAAAUCCAAAACCUGACAAAACACUGCGGACGCAUGACGGCUGUCUUGACAGUUCGCGCUGAUGAGGAGGGUAUGCGUGUAGUAGCCGAACAGGCAUGCGCUACAAUGGUCCCAUUACCCGCUAAAGCUACAUCGUUUGUGGACAAGCGCAAGGGUGGUGACACAGUAGCUGCUACCAAUCGCUACAAACAGCUUCAGCCUCUAAGCCUUUUGCUGGAAUUCUACGUGGAGAAUAAGGCGCUCACAAGCUGGAAGGGCUUCUCAAGCUUGAUCACACCACCGCGAUUUUGA